AUGGUGGGUGGGUGGGUGACAGUGUGCGUUGGUAGGCGAGUGGGUGGGGUGGUGGUGAUGGUGGUAGUGAGUGGGGUGGUGGCGGGUGUGGGUGGUGGUGGUCGGCGCGUUGGGUGGUGGGUUGUGCAGGUGGCUGGUGGUGGCGGUGGGUGGAUGCGUGGUGCGGUAGUGGCACUGGGUCGUCUGGCAAGCGGUGGAUGCGUAGUUUUUGCAAGUGGUCGGUGGCAGGUGAGGUGCGCCAUGGUGUGGCGUGCGGUGGAUGUUAGUGGCAAGUGGUGGGGUGGUGGCGGAGCUGGAUGGCAGGUGAGUGGUGUGGUGGUGCGUGCGAGUGGUGGCAGGUUGGCUGGGGCUGGUGGGUGGCGAAGUAGGGUGGUGGGCAAUGGUGAUGCCGGGUGCUGGUCGGUGGCGUAUUUUCGUUUUGAUUUUUGA